GAAUGUAAAAUAUUACGUAUAGUUACUUGCUGAUGAGAACAGGAAAUAUUUGAGGGUAGUAUUAAAACGUCGUAAGAUAGACAUCACUAACAAAAUGUCGGUCUCAGCUGAACUGAAUCCAAGACCCGUUCGAGUAUCACCUUUAAUAAAGUUUUCACGAUGGACGUUACUUACCAUGGGAAUUUUAUAUGGAGCAUUUUUCCAACGUAGAUUUGGUAAUAUAGAAGCUGCUCGCAGAGAAAAAGAAGAAAGAGAAAGACCAGCACGAGAAGCAAAAGAAGCACUUGAAAAGAAGAUUCGAUUAGAAGAGGAACAAAAGAUGUUAGCAGAUCUUUUUAAAAUAAACUAAGUUAUUCUAUAUAAACUUACUAGUGCAUUAUUAAUGGAGAUUACUUAUAUGUAAAUAAUAAUAAUAAAAUACUAUAAUAUUCA